UAGAGGUAUGGGGUUAUAGAUGCUUUGCCGCAUAGAGAUUAUCUGAGCAUACAGUUGAGAAGGUGGAAGUCGGGUGUGUAUACAUCCUCAUCAAAUGAUAAGGCAACAAUCCAUGUCUGGCGUUGUCAUCUUAAACGCCGGGCUGCCGCAUAGCUUGGUCCAUGGAGAUUGUUGCCACCGAAUGCUAUCAUUGGUUCGUUUGGGCUGCAUUCCACAUAAUCCGUCGCCAGUAUCUCUGCCACAAAGCAACGAUCGAGCAGAAACAAACCAGACUACACCGAGACCAAUACACAAUGUACUCAAUGUCUAUCAUAUCAAGCCUUGUCGGGCUGAGAAUCAUCGCUCUGCAGCGCUGACAUUUGACCGCCCUCUGGCGAAUAGACCCUCACGAUAUAGGCUGGGAUCACACAAGGCUGGCUGCCUCUUCUUGCUGACCCAUCAUUCUACCUGCCUGACGCCUCUUCUUCGUAUCUGCAUUGCUUACCCCGCACCAUGGGUGUCAAAUCAAACGUAAAAGCAUGUACUUUGUCUUGCUCUUCAGACUCCAAUGCUGACCUACUCUCGAUCAUACUCGAUAUUGUACUCUAAGCUAGUGUAGACUGUAGAAUCCCCCUUCUCAAGUAGACCUCUCCUGAAUUCGUACGUCAUUGAGGAUACUUC